GGCGAUGUGUGUUUUAUGCGGUGGCCGGCAUAUCGAGACACUGAUAAAGUGGAUGUGAAGUGUAGGUAAUAUUGACAAGUGAAAGCUGAAAGAGUGAUUAGAACGCUGCAUAAACUUAAAUUAAUGGAAAACGCCAGACAGAAAUUGGAAGUUGAGAAAGAAGAACGAGAAAACGCACAGCUGACUCAGAAACUACUUGCAAAUGAAGCUAAACAGCAACGAGAUUAUGAAGAUCAUAUUAGGAGAGUUAUAAAAGAAUAUGAAAAAUUACAAAAGGAAUGGAAAGAACGAAGACAAGAGAGAGCAAAAUUAGACGAAGCUUUAGCUGAUGCUCAGCGUAGCGAAGCUGAAAUGAAACACUGUAGAAUACAACGCGUAAUGCAAAAGGUAAGCAAGCAUUCUUGGCAAAAUUUUUGAAAAUGGCUUUAAUUUAUUGUUUUUUCUUUACUGUAUUAACUCAAAGAAACAUCAAUAGCCCAUUUAUUUUGAUUGUGAAUUGGUUUAGUUAGAUAUAUACCUACAGACGCUAUUGCGAUGUAGCCAAACUAGAAGAUUUCAAAUAAAUAAAACUAACAAUAAUUUAUCAUUAUUUCAAACACUUAAUCACCCAAAAUGUUAGCUUCAUCAGGACAAAAGAGAUACAGAAAAAUCCCGUGAACAUUAUGAAUUCAUCAAGAAUAUACAGGAGGCAGAAAAGAUUCGUUACGAGGAAUUUUUAGCAGCUGGGAUAAAACGGCAAGAGGAAAAGUAAUUAUCAUAAAAACUUACUCUUAAUCAAAAUGUAUCUAUUUUGAAAAUGUAUCUAUUAAGGAAGUUUACGAAUUAUUCCAUUGUAGUAAUUUAAUAAAUGAGUAUAUAAAAGUUGCUAUGCAUCUGCACUCAAUAAAUGCUAAUCUCGCAAAAUAUUAUAAAGAAUACUUAAACGAGUUUUUUGCACAGAAAAAUCUGUGUAGUGCAGGUUACGGUUCAUAGAUAGAUAAAUCUGUCAUUAAUUACUGAUCCUGUUUGUUUAGGUUAACCUUACAAAUUUAGGCAUAAACAAAGAGUAAAUGUGGUAAUUUUCUUAUACCUUUAACUAGUUCCUUAUAAGAUUUUAAUAGGUUCUAUGAAUAGACAAUAAAAAAUCCCAUUUUAAUAAUUUAAGCUUUUCUAAAAAAGAAAAAGAAGAGUUUCUUAACAAGAAAUUGAAACAGAAAGAACAUUACAACAUCGCAUUAGAGAACAAGAUAACGUCCGAGUUACAGCAGCGAUGUCCCUGUCGAAAAGCCGACAAAUACUUCUGCGACAGACAGACCCUGUUUUGCAAAGCGCAUACAGCAAUAAGAGCUGAAAUUAACGAAAAAAAUGCCUGUAAUGAUAUUUGCAACACAAACAAGUUAGAGAAAAAUGUCACUUUUGGUUUUCUAGGCCGUUCUAUAAAACUGUUGGAAGGCCAGAAGUUGCGUGAAAAGCAACCAACGCCUUGGAACGGUCUAAGCGGUGCACAUGCUACGUUCGCUAAACAAGCCGGAGAGACACUAAAGGAAUGCCGACAUAAGAUCUUCGCGAGAAAAGUUGUAGACGAAUACAGAAAAAACAAUUGUUUGGAUGCCACAACGCUACCAGUGGACAACUACUAUUAAUAUCUUAUUUCAACUAAUUAUUUUUGAGGAAAUAAAACAUCUAAAUUCGACAGUC